ACUCAGACAAACUCGCUCCAGUCGACGGUUACCCACGUUGUGGCGAAGCACUAUAAAAUUCACUUUCGUUCAGUGUCAUAUACCGAGUGUUCCAAAAACAAUGACGACGAUAACGCGAUCAAACUCACGCGCAAUGACGACGACAUACAAAGACUACGUAAACUUCCUCGGCGGUUACAAAACCGGAAAAAAGGACGACGAAAAUUCAGACAGUGGUGUCUCAAGCAAUUUUUCAUUAUCAACCAGCAAUAGUACAUCGUCUUCCAUCGGUUCAGACGUGACAGACUUUUCGAAAAACACAUGCACAUCUUACAACACCUUCAUCGAAAACCAAAAAAGCAAAAAAUUCAAUCCGGUUAAACCAAAAUUUGAGGAAAAACCGACAAAAAAAAGCGAGAUUUUUAUCGAGAUUCAACCCCCGAAGUCCGUGAGUGAAGUGAGCAAAAUUUUCGAAAACAACAAGGAAGCCAAACCUCACAACAAAAUCAACUCGAAAAUUAGCAUUUUCGAAAAACAAAUUUCGACAGAAAACAAACCGAAAAUUGCCACUAAACCAAAAAUUGACAUUGGGCGAACAUCCCCGGAGUUGCCACCGCCGCCCCCGGAGUUUCUCUCACCGCAACCUCAGGAUUAUUUACCGCCACCACCGCCAGAGUUUUUAAUAAAUGAUACUAAAAUUGUGACACCCCCACCGCCACCACUGCCUCAAAAUAAUGCAAAUAAUACAAGGAGUCCACCGCCGCCCCCUUUGCCUCAAACGUCGCCGCCUAGACUACAAGCGACUUUGACGAAAGGCCCCCCUGCCAAGUUUUCCGUUGAUAAUCCGAAAGGGGUGGCUCCUGAGAUUGACAGAAAUGACCCAAUGGUCCGAAAAUUGGUUUAUGGGACUUUGAGGGGUCUCUAUGGGGCGUACCAUGACAAAGCUAGUGAUAUGUUGGCAACAAUGCCCAAAAAUAUGGUAGUUAGGAGUAACGGAGUCCGAGAUCGCAUUGAACAAAUAGCGUCUAAUGGAGACUUAGAGAAGCUAAACGGGAGAGUUAAUCCGAGAUUAGAGGAGUAAAUUCCGCUUGAAAUUAUUAUUAUGAUUUGUAUUGUAGCUAUAAUAACUAAUAAACUUUUUAUUUUUA